CCAGGCUCCUUUGCGGGUAAACAGACAUGGCCGACGAGGAAGAUCAGCCGGACGCUGCGCACAACAUGGGCAACCACCUGCCGCUGCUGCCUGCAGAGAGUGAAGAUGAGGAAGAUGAAAUUGAAAUGGAAGUUGAAGACCAGGAUAGUAGAGACGCCAGAAAACCAAACAUCAUAAACUUUGACACCAGCCUGCCAACGUCACAUACAUAUCUGGGCGCUGAUAUGGAAGAGUUUCAUGGGAGGACUUUGCAUGAUGAUGACAGCUGUCAGGUAAUUCCAGUCCUUCCUCAAGUGAUGAUGAUCCUGAUUCCUGGGCAGACAUUACCACUACAGCUUUCCCACCCGCAAGAAGUCAGCAUGGUGCGGAAUUUAAUCCAAAAAGACAGAACCUUUGCAGUUCUUGCCUACAGUAAUGCGCAAGAAAGGGAAGCACAGUUCGGAACCACAGCAGAGAUUUAUGCUUAUCGAGAAGAGCAGGAGUUUGGAAUUGAAGUAGUGAAAGUGAAAGCAAUUGGACGGCAGAGGUUCAAGGUCCUUGAACUUAGAACACAGUCAGAUGGAAUCCAGCAAGCUAAAGUGCAAAUUUUGCCAGAGUGUGUGUUGCCAUCAACCAUGUCUGCAGUUCAGUUAGAAUCACUCAAUAAGUGCCAGAUAUUUCCUUCAAAACCUGUCUCUUGGGAAGACCAAUAUUCAUGUAAAUGGUGGCAGAAAUACCAGAAGAGAAAGUUUCACUGUGCAAAUCUGACUUCAUGGCCUCGCUGGCUGUAUUCAUUAUAUGACGCUGAAACAUUAAUGGAUAGAAUUAAGAAACAGCUACGUGAAUGGGAUGAAAAUCUCAAAGAUGAUUCUCUUCCUGCGAAUCCAAUAGACUUUUCUUACAGAGUAGCUGCUUGUCUUCCUAUUGAUGAUGUGUUGAGAAUUCAGCUCCUUAAAAUUGGUAGUGCUAUUCAACGACUUCGCUGUGAAUUAGAUAUCAUGAAUAAAUGUACUUCCCUUUGCUGUAAACAGUGUCAAGAAACAGAAAUAACAACCAAGAAUGAAAUAUUUAGUUUAUCCCUAUGUGGUCCAAUGGCAGCAUAUGUGAACCCUCAUGGAUAUGUACAUGAGACACUGACUGUAUAUAAAGCUUCCAACCUGAAUCUGAUAGGUCGGCCUUCUACAGUACACAGCUGGUUUCCUGGGUAUGCGUGGACCAUUGCCCAGUGUAAGAUUUGUGCGAGCCACAUUGGAUGGAAAUUUACAGCCACCAAAAAAGAUAUGUCACCUCAAAAGUUCUGGGGCUUAACUCGCUCUGCUCUGUUACCCACAAUUCCAGAAACUGAAGAUGAAAUAAGUCCAGACAAAGUAAUACUUUGUUUGUAAGUGUAUUGUAGGAGUAACUUCCUAACAAAUUAUUUUCUCAAGUCAGAUCUGCUCCAGAGGUCACUGUCUCUGAUAUGUGUAUAGUGGUUACAGCAUUUGACUACCAAGUUCAAGAGCACACUUGUUCAGAGGAUGAAAAAGCAGAGUAAAACACAAGGUUGGAUUCAGAAGUAUCAGCUUUAGUAGCUUGGAGCCAUUAAUUAUCCUGUUGAAUAUGUGUCAUUGAUGGGAUAAGAAAACAUGUUUGAAAUGAUGAGAAGGACUAUGGAACAGGAUUAGGGCACAGCUCCACUAAAUGAUGAAUGUUCCUGAAGCUCAGUUGGCAAGCACAAGACAGAGGCAAAGCAGUGUAUAUUAUUUUGAAAGGAACAAAGUCCUUUUAAUUUUCUUUAGCUUGUCUGAGAUACUGAUUUGUAAAUUUUGAAAAUAUUAAAGAGUAAAAUAAGCAGUUUGAACAGAAAAAAAUA